AUGGUCUACACAAUCGUCGUGCACCUCCGCUCCAAGCCCGGCGCCGACACCAUCGCCAAGCUGCACGCGAAGCUGAACGAGGCGUCCGCCGUGUACUCGCAGGACAAGGAGACAUUAUCGUGGUUUGUCAUGCAAUCCGUCCACGACCCGCAAGACUUCACGAUCGUGGAGCGGUACGAGAACGAGGGGAGCCAGAAGUACCACCUCUCGAACCCGUACUGGAAGACGUUCGAUCCGUUCGUCGUGCCGCUUUUGGAAAAGCCGAUGGAUCUGCGGAGAUUCGAGGAGCUGGUGCCUAAGGAGGGGGAGGAGGCUUUGUUGAAGUGA